AUGCGUACACCAGAAGACAUUAAUCGAUUCAUAAGUGCUGAGAUUCCUGAUAAAGAACUGGAUAAGUAUUUAUAUGAAGUUGUUUCUGAUGUUAUGAUUCAUGGACCUUGUGGUAUUCAUCACAGAGAAAAUGUUUGCAUGAAUAAUGGUAAGUGCACUAAGUUUUUUCCAAAACCAUUCAUGGAAAAAACUGUCGUCGACGAUGCUGGUUAUCCAAUAUACAAACGGAGACAAGACGGAAGAUUUGUGCAGAAAAGAGAUAUGUCUCCGCAUGUGAAGCAGCUUGGUGAAUAUUGGCUAUUACGAUUUUCGUUUCAUCUUCCUGGACAGGAAUUGGUUGUUUACAACGAAGAUGAUCCUAUUGCAGAUGUUAUGAAGCGUUCUGCCAGAGGAUCCAAAUUGUUGGCUUGGAUGGAAUGCAAUAAAAAAUACCCAGAAGGUAGAAGUCUCACUCAUGCUGAAUUUCCUAACAUGUUUGUGUGGGUUAAGAGUAAAAGAAUCUGGCAACCAAGAUCUAAGAAAAGAAAGAGUUUUGCAGUAGCUAGAGUUACUUAUGUACCACCCUCUAUAGGGCAGGCCUAUUACUUAAGAGUUAUACUUAAUAUUGUCCCAGGAGCCACAAGUUUUGAAUUUUUGAAGACGGUUAAAGAUGGAUUUGUGAUGGAUAAUAAUGAGAAUAGGCUUCUCAUAGAUGAGAGAAACUUCAAACGUGAUGAACAAGUAAAGAAUUACGACAGGUUAUUACGUAUGGCAACCGAUGAGCAAAAAAGCGUAUAUUUAGAAAUUAUUAAUGCUGUGAAUCGAAACAAGGGAGGUAUGUUUUUUGUUCAUGGAUUUGGUGGUACUGGAAAAACAUUCUUAUGGAGUAUUCUUGGUGCUGAUAUUCGUUCUAGGGGUGAUAUUGUUCUUAAUGUUGCGUCAAGUGGUAUAGUUGCUUUGCUUAUGGAAGGUGGUCGGACAGCACAUUCUAGAUUUAGUAUACCCAUCCAUGUGGACGAAUAUACAACGUGUUCGAUAGAUGUCAAUUCUCACCUUGCCGAGUUAAUUAGAGAAGCAAGACUCAUUAUAUGGGAUGAGGCUCCAAUGAUGAACAAAUAUUGUUUCGAAACGUUGGAUAGGAGUUUGCGAGAUAUUAUGAAGUGUGAUCGGGUUUUUGGAGGUAAGGUUUUUGUUUUGGGGGGUGAUUUUAGACAGAUUCUACCGGUUGUGCCAGAAGCUGGUAGAGUUGGUACAGUUUUAGCCUCCAUAAACUCAUCCUUGCUUUGGAAUAGUUGUAAAGUACUUCAGCUUACACAAAAUAUGAGACUCCGUAAGGCUCAAAACAGUAUCGAUGCAAAUGAUCUCACUACGUUUUCAAAAUGGCUUCUCGAUAUUGGAGACGGCAAAAUCAACAAGCCUUACAAUGGUGAGGUAGAAAUAGACAUACCCAAGGAUUUAUUGAUUACAGAAUUUGAUAAUCCUAUACAAGCUAUUGUUAAAGAGAUAUACGGUACAUCGUUUGCAACAAGGACCGAUGCAAAAUUCUUUUGCGAAAGAGAUAUUCUGGGUCCAAGGAAUGAUGAUGUCAAUAAGAUAAAUCAAUAUAUGCUCUCUCAAAUUCCAGGGGAAGAGAGACAAUAUUUGAGUUCAGAUAGUGUCGAGACUUCCGAUACAAGUGAUUACGAUGAUAUGACAUACACUCAGGAAUUCUUAAAUAGUAUUCAAGUUUCUGGAUUACCUAACCAUGUUCUGACAUUGAAAAAGAGAGCACCUAUCAUGUUGCUUAGGAAUAUUGAUCCUGAGAGAGGUUUAUGCAAUGGAAGGAGGUUGAUUGUUACACAAAUGGCUAAUCAUGUUAUCAAAGCAAGGAUUGUAACUGGUAAAAAAAACGUCAAUGAUAGAGUUCUUAUUCCUAGGAUGUUUGUCUCGCUACCAGAUGCAAAGUUUCCCUUUCGUAUGAGACGUCGUCAGUUUCCCGUUGCUCUUGCAUUUGCGAUCACUAUAAACAAAAGCCAAGAUGUUUGUGUGUGUAUAAUGGAUGUGGAAGAUAGAAGGAAACUUGUGAGUAUCAUUGAUAAUGAUGAAGUUGUUCUCUAUGAAUGGCAGGUGUGA